UGGCCCGACGGUGCAGCUCCGAUAAUAAUACGCUUCUGUGAUGGAGUGGCGUGAACAGUCCUGCGUCAGCUGCGACGAAGCCUACUUGGAGGCGCAGAGGUGGAUUGAGGCAGUAACCAAGAAAAAAUUUGGGAACAACGACUUCCGAUCAGCGCUGGAGAAUGGCGUUCUGCUGUGUGAUCUGAUCAACAAGAUCAAGCCUGGUAUUAUAAAGAGGGUUAACAGGCUGCCCACACCUAUUGCUGGCCUGGACAACCUUAACGUCUUCCUCAAGGCCUGCGGGAAGCUCGGACUAAAAGAAGCACAGCUCUUUCACCCCGGAGAUCUUCAGGAUUUAUCCACAAGAGUUACAGUCAAGCAUCAAGAGACCAACAGGAGGCUGAAAAAUGUAUUGAUCACCAUUUACUGGCUUGGCAGAAGAGCUCAGUGUGACCGUUUCUAUGAUGGGCCUUACCUGAACUUCAAGGCAUUUGAGGGAUUAUUGGGCACAGCGCUAUACAAGGCUCUGCAGGAGUCGUCCGGUCAGAAAGACGACAACGUCAGAGACAGCGGUUUUGGAGACAGCUGGUACUCGGAGAGAGAGGAGCUCUACCAACUGAGAGGAGGAGUUGGAGGAGGCAGCGGCGGCGGACACAGGAGAGACGACUCCCUGGACAGUUUGGACUCUUUGGGUUCCCGACCUCACAGCAUCUCCUCUGACACCACUCUGAAAGGCAGCAGCGAGGGUUGUUGCAGUGACACUGAGGCAGACUCUGUCUUCAGGAUGGCUGAGAACAAGGACGGUCUCAGUUACCGCCGCUCGGUGGUCAUCACACCCAAGGCCAGCACCCAGUUUAACCAGUUUCUGCCCACUAAAGACAAACCCUCAGGCUACGUGCCUGCUCCACUAAGGAAGAAACGGGCCGAACGCAAUGAGGACAACCGGCGCAGCUGGGCCAACCCCACAUACACAGAGGACGAAGGCACACUCACCAGACAGCGCCAAAUUGAAGAGAGUAUUGACGGGAGUAAAUCAACAAGUGAUAUCCAGGUCGACCCCACCGUCGUCCGUCAGGCUCGCUACGAAGAGCUCCAGAAGUACCGCGAGCAGAUAAAGGACAGUGAUGAUAAGUGGCAGGAUGACCUGAGCAAAUGGAAGAGCCGGCGCCGGAGCGUCAACUCUGACAUUGUGAAGAAGAAAGAGGAGCGGGAGAAGAUAGAGCAGAUUACCUACGGCGGUAACAGAAGGUCCAGGACCUUCAAGGAUGUGCAAGAGGAUAGAGAAACUAAAGGAAGAAGCAGCAUUGGCAGUCGUCUGGGAUCUCUCUCUUACCUGGACGACAACGAGGACGUAUUUGAUAGACCCGUCAUUGCCCCUCGUACCCGAACCCUUCCUGCCAGGAGCUACACUGUUGACACUCCUUGCUUUUCGUCUGAACCCUCUGAGCCUUCUCUGAAAGAGAACGAACCCCCCGCCGCUUCCCCGGCUACUGGCAGGGCCGCUUCCCCUCCCGCUUCACGGGAAGUUGACAGUGUGGACAGUCUCGCAGGCAGCGACACCACGACCACCGUCACUCGCAGCUCUCUCCGCAGCUCCCAGCCUCCGGCAGCUGCACCUUCACAGAGGAGUCCGGUCUCAGAGUACACCACAACAGCCAAGACAGAGGAGACCGCAACCAUCGUCUCCGCUUCCAGCACCCGACAAAAGGUGCCAGAGCCAAGGCGCCCAUUGUCGGGCGCACGGACUGAGGCGGAGGCCCCCUCCUCUGGUUUUCUGCACAAACAACAACCACAGCUCAACUCGAUGGAAGCCAAGCCUCCCGGGGUGUCUCGGGUUUCCGCCUCCCUCCCCAGGAGCUACCAGAGAUCGGAUAGCGCACGUCUAACCUCAGUUGUCGCACCAAGGCCCUUCGGGACCCAGCCCUCCCGCAUCACCUCACUUCCCCGGGUCAUUUCAAUGGACGACUCUCACAAGCGUGUCAACGGCGAGGUCGACGUUUCUAAGAAGACAUCAGUGCCGAGCCGCUAUCGCCAGUUCGUGACCUCUGAGGACGAUGCUGACUCCAGCUCGGCCCACAGCAGUGAAGAUGAGGAGGAGGAGGAGGAGGAGUCGCUGCCGCAAAAGACAGCCGGGAAGAGCGCCACCUCCGCUCAGAGCGUCUCACCUGCCCCUCUUCCGGUCAAGAGUGAACCUCCAGUCAGUCCUGCUCCAGCCAAAGAAACCAGCCAGGAGAACUACUGUGAGAUGCGGAUCAACCUGAACCAGAAGCCCAACAGCAGCAGAGACUUUGGCUUCCGGGCAGCCUGGGACUCAACUGGAGCUCGCGUCACGACCAUCCAGCCAGGCAGCCCCGCUGAGAUGUGCCAGCUCCAGGCCGGAGACGAGGUGCUGACAGUGAACGGGCACCAGGUGGCAGAAAUGAGCUACACAGACUGGAAGUCCUGCUUGGAGGAGGCUCUACAGGAGGGCAGCCUGGUCAUGGAUGUUCGCCGUCAUGGCAAGAACAACUGGGACAGAGAUCAACCUUCCCUGCCAUUUAAAAGCCAUAAGACCAUCAAUCUGACCAGUACAGAUCAUCCGAUACUUCUAGGUUCAUCUGACCCAAACACUGCAAAAUCCAGUCUGGAUUUCACCUCACACAUUUCCAAGGAAGCGCUGACAUCCAAAGAGGCCCCCGCCAAGCCAGUCAUUGAUGUGGCUUCAAACGGAGUUAAUGGAAGUUUCCGUGAGGCGUCGGUGACCAUGAGGAACAAAGAGUCAGAACCCCUAUCUUUGAAAAACUUAAAACGGAGGUCAGAGUUUUUUGAACAAGGCGGCUCAGGGUCCAGUGUCAGUGCGCUGGUCUACCUCUGUGGAGGAUCAGAGCCUGCAAUGCCAGAUAUACCUGUUCCUUCAAUCACUCCCUCCUCCAGCCGCUGGUCUUGGGACCCAGAGGAGGAGCGCAGAAGACAAGAAAAGUGGCAGAAGGAACAGGAGCGCCUCCUACAGGAGAAAUAUAAGCGUGACCAGGAGAAACUGCAGGAGGAGUGGCUGAAGGCUCAGCAGGAGAUUGCCAAGAACGUGGUCCCACAGCAGCCUGGGAGCCUGGAGGUGAACAGCCACAUCAUCAGCCCACAAUUGCCCCUCUUUCCAUUCAACCAGCCCACUUCUACUCUGUGGGAAGAAGAAGAGAGAGAGAGAAAGAGGAAGGAGGAGCAGGAGCGCCAGAGGCAGGCGGAGGAGAAGAGGAGGAGGGAGGAGGAGGAGCGAGAGUUGCAGCGUCUCCAGGAGGAGAGGAAGAGGAAAGAAAGGCAGGAGGAGGAAGAGAGGAAGAGGAGGGAGGAGGAAGAGCUGAAAUGGCAGAGGAGGAGAGAGGAGGAGAGGGAGGAGGAGAGGAGGCAGCAGGAGGCUGCAGAGCAGCAGCGCAGAGAGCGGGAGAGAGCCCUGGAGCUGCAGCGGCAGCAGCGCCAGUGGGCUGGUAGCUCCCAUGGCUUUGCCAAUGUCCAGCCUCCACUGUCCUUUACAGACAGGGCAAAAUCCAAAUCAUCUCCCCAGCUUGAUGAAGAAGAAAAGCCUCAGAAGAAAGUGACGGGCGGUGGAGUGGGUCAGCAGUCCCUGUCGCAUGCUGAGCAGGAGAGGCAGCAGAUCCUGAACGAGAUGAAGAAGAAAACUCCACUCCUGACGGACAGCAGCUGGAUUCGCCAGCGUUCCUCCAACACCGCCACCAGCCAGGAGAGUGACAUACCAUCCAUGCGCCGAGGCGAGUCUCUUGACAACUUGGAUGCCUCCUACAACUCCUGGCGCUCAUCAUGGACACCCAAAAGCAACUCUUAUGUCCAAAACUACACCCGGCCUCACUCAGCCCUCUCCGGCAGCACUUCCUUUUACAGUGGCGGGUCUGCGGCCCAGCGGCCUGCUUCCUCCACUCUGCCCUCCUCCUACUCCAUGAGCUCCCUCCGUGGCGGGGCGGGAACUCCCUCGGCCCCCUGGUCCCGGCAGACACCUUCCCCGUCACUCUCCUCUCCAUCACCCACCACCUCUCCAGAGCCAACGUCUGAGGCUGGUGGCCCUCAGCAGCAGAGCAGGUCAGUGAGUGGCAAGAAAAUCUGUACGUUCUGUGACACCCCGCUGGGAAAGGGAGCGGCCAUGAUCAUCGAGUCCCUUGGGCUCUGUUAUCAUUUGGGCUGUUUUAAGUGUAUUGACUGUAAGUCUGACCUCGGAGGAACGGAAGCAGGGGCUGAAGUCAGAAUACGAAACAAACAGCUCUUCUGUAACUCCUGCUACAUGCGAUUCAAAACUGGCCAGCCAACCGCUAUGUGAUGUGGCUGUACUCCAGCAGAUUGAUGAAGAGACUACUUGUGACAACAACCCAUGAACAUUGAAAGUGAACAGUGAAGCCAUGGGCAGAUAGCUGGGAGAACUUGGCUCGGACGUAGUUCCAUUUAUGACACUAGAAAACCCAGUUUGACUCAUUGAUGAGAAUUAUGUUUGUGUUUUUACAGUGUGUGAUUGAGAGGGUAAGCUUGCAAAGAAGUUAUCUAGUUUAAUGUGUUUAUAUCGUAUUAAGUAUUACAGCUGUAUAAAGAGUAAGGGUUCUGCAUGCACCAGAGAUUUUAAGUGUUUUAGCCAUGAAACUAGUCAAGCAGUAAACUGACUAUAAGAUUACAGAGGCAGAGCUUUCUUAUGACCUUCACUGAGACAGAUUUUAGAGAUACUGAGGGAGAACUCUGCAGGAUCUUCUCCUCAUUUUCAUGCUUGUUUUUCUGCUGAAUCUUGUGGUGUUAACAUGUUUGUUGACCAAGGUGUUCUUGUCAAGCGUAUGUGCCUUUUCAUUUGUAACAGGGAGAAGUAAUUAUUAGAGUUCUUUCAAAAUAUAUUUAAAAAUAAAGAUCUGUCUGCUUGGAUAGCACUUGUCUGGAGUUAUCACUGAUAGAUGGAGGAUUGUACACAGAAGCAGGUUCCCAUGUGGAGAAUAUAUAUCCUACUGAAUGGUAUUGAGGAAAACAGCAACAUUUGUAAAUAA